GUCUUCCCAGGAGGAAGUGUGACCAAGAUCAGUCAUGACGACUUACAGCAACAAAGGAGAGAAGCCUGAGAGAGGCCGAUUCCUCCACUUUCACUCCGUGACCUUCUGGGUUGGCAACGCGAAGCAGGCUGCGUCGUACUACUGCAGCAAGAUGGGCUUUGAACCCCUAGCCUACAAGGGCCUGGAGACGGGUUCCCGGGAGACGGUCAGCCACGUGAUCAAGCAAGGGAAGAUUGUGUUCAUCUUCUCCUCUGCCCUCAACCCCUGGAACAAAGAGAUGGGCGAUCACCUGGUGAAACAUGGCGACGGAGUGAAGGACAUUGCCUUCGAGGUGGAGGAUUGUGACUACAUCGUGCAGAAAGCCCGGGAACGAGGCGCCAAGAUCGUGCGGGAACCCUGGGUAGAGCAAGAUAAGUUUGGGAAGGUGAAGUUUGCUGUGCUGCAGACGUAUGGGGAUACUACACACACCCUGGUGGAGAAGAUGAACUACACCGGCUGGUUCCUGCCUGGAUUCGAGGCCCCAGCAUUCGUCGACCCCCUACUUCCCAAGCUGCCCAACUGCAGUCUCGAGAGAAUUGAUCACAUUGUGGGAAACCAGCCUGAUCAGGAGAUGCUGUCUGCCUCAGAAUGGUACCUGAAGAACCUGCAGUUCCACCGUUUCUGGUCCGUGGAUGACACGCAGGUGCACACGGAGUACAGCUCUCUGCGGUCCAUCGUGGUGGCCAAUUACGAGGAGUCCAUCAAAAUGCCCAUUAACGAGCCAGCGCCGGGCAGGAAGAAGUCCCAGAUCCAGGAAUAUGUGGACUAUAACGGGGGCGCUGGGGUCCAGCACAUCGCUCUCAAGACUCAAGACAUCAUCACAGCGAUUCGCCACUUGAGAGAGAGAGGCAUGGAGUUUUUGGCUGUUCCGUCCACAUACUACAAACAACUGCGGGAGAAGCUCAAGUCGGCCAAGAUCCGGGUGAAGGAGAAUAUUGAUGUUCUGGAGGAGCUGAAAAUCCUGGUGGACUACGACGAGAAAGGCUACCUCCUGCAGAUUUUCACCAAGCCCAUGCAGGACCGGCCCACGCUCUUCCUGGAAGUCAUUCAGCGCUACAACCACCAGGGUUUUGGAGCCGGCAACUUCAACUCACUGUUCAAGGCCUUCGAGGAGGAGCAGGACCUGCGGGGCAACCUCACCGACAUGGAGACCAACGGGACUGUGCCCGGCAUGUAGGCCGCUCUGGUGCCGCCUGACCCACCGAAGCCCCGCCCACCUGCCGGCGCACGGUGGGCCACGCCCCCUCGUCCUGGAACGCGCCCACUCCACAGGCCCUGAACAGCGAGCGAGCCCUCCUUACUGGCCGCUCCCUUUAGACCCCGCCCACCAGCCGCCUCCGGGACCUCCCCCACACACAAGACUCCGCCUACCUCCUAAC